GAACAAUGUAAUUUCAUGACUAUUACUAUUAGUCUACUAGGUUAAUUUUAUAUCAAUAUUUGCCAGAUAAAUGACGCUCUAUUUUGAUUAUCGAGUAAAGAUAGAAGAUAUAAGCUCUACUACAACUGCAGUGGAAUGGCAUCCACAACACCCUUUCUUAGCCAUUGCAUCCUACAGUAUUGAGCAGGGUGGCUGUGUCAAUAUAUGCAAUGAUCAAGGAGAGAUAGUGCCAGAUGUGCAGCCAGUGUGUGUACCGUCGUGCCAGGCACUGGGACUUGCGUGGCACCCAGUACGCAAGACUCUGGUGGCUGGUUGGGAAGACGGAAGUCUCCGUGUGUGGAAUGGAGAGAGAGACUUUGCGGCGAUGUCGUCGCCUCACACCACACCCGUCCUGGUGCUCAAAUGGAGCAAGAUGGGCGGACGGCUGGUCUCUGUGGACGCGAGUGGACUCAUGGUGGGUUGGAGACUAGAUUCACGUUGUCAGCUGCAGUCAGUCUAUCAGCUGGCGUUACCUAGCAUUCCUUGCGAUGCUGUUUUCCGAGUUUCUCGUCCUGGACCAGACCUGUCGGGAUUGGCACGGAGAGCUGUUGCUGGAGAUCAGAUGGCAUUGGACAUGUUCAGUGCUUGGAGGCCACGCACAGCUGGCAGACAUGUGUCUGUACAUCAGGACAACUUGGCGCUCUACGUGGCUACUGCCCAAGGAAUUGUCUUGUACGUCAAUGAAACGGGCAAAGGCCAGGAAGUGUUACAGUUGCCAGGGAGAAUUGAGAAAUUACUGUACCACGACUCCGAGGACGGCCUGAUAGUUGUGGGCCUGGGACUCAACCUCAGUUACUACUCGGCUGAAUCCAACGGGACCUUGAGUGAAGUCACAACGGUCAAGUUGAGUGGUAGUGGCAAUGUUGUAGUGUGGGCUGGGAACAACACAGUGGCUUGCACUGUCAGUGACACAACAGUAAGAUGCUGGGAGCCUCAUACAGGGGAGACUUAUGUUCUCAGUGCUCAACUACCAGACGUCACAGUACAGACAAUCACAAGUCUGGCAUACAGUCCCAUGUGGGCUGGGAACAACACAGUGGCUUGCACUGUCAGUGACACAACAGUAAGAUGCUGGGAGCCUCAUACAGGGGAGACUUAUGUUCUCAGUGCUCAACUACCAGACGUCACAGUACAGACAAUCACCAGUCUGGCAUACAGUCCCAGUAAAGUGCUCAACUACCAGACGUCACAGUACAGACAAUCACCAGUCUGGCAUACAGUCCCAGUAAAGGUGAGUGGUAGUGGCAAUGUUGUAGUGUGGGCUGGGAACAACACAGUGGCUUGCACUGUCAGUGACACAACAGUAAGAUGCUGGGAGCCUCAUACAGGGGAGACUUAUGUUCUCAGUGCUCAACUACCAGACGUCACAGUACAGACAAUCACCAGUCUGGCAUACAGUCCCAGUAAAGGUGUUCUCUGUGGUUGCACUACGGCUGGUAACAUAGUGUUCUGGCGCUACUCAGCCGGGGGAUGGGACCCACUGAGUCCUGCCAAGGUGGCCGGAGUAGCCAAGCUGUGUGCGUGGGGUGGGGGCGGAACCUUGCUGGCCGUCAAUACUUCUGCAAACACCUACAUCAUGAAGGAACACAACCUGUGCGCAGCGUACCAUCGAGGGUUAUCAGUGGUACAAGUGUCUGCGUCACAGCUGACUGUCCAGUCUGGUUCAGACACAGCUGAUCUCAACACAGACCUGCAGGUGUUUGGUGUCUGUUUGUCUAGAGACAAUGCAGCUGUUUGGAGCAGCAAAACUGUGGCUGUUUAUGUUAUCAAUCCUGUCUCUGCCAUCAAUGCUAUGGGGUCAUUCAACUGUGAGGUGGAGUCAGCAGUUAUGUACGAGCAGAGCCUGGUGACCUUGAGUGAUGCCAAGCUACAAGUCCGCACACUUCAGGGAACUGUCAAACAGACACUAGACACCGAGGGACAACCUAUCACCGUCAGCUUGACCAAUCACUACCUGGCUGUGGCCACCAUCAGUGGCUAUAUUCAUCUGUGGGACGUCUCACGCAGAGAGGCAAAGCUACAUGGAAGAGCCAAAGACUUAGCUGACAGCAUAUCAGACUUUGCCGAAGUCAUUUGUGCAAGAGCAAAUGCUAAUGGAACAAGAGUUGCUCUAAGUGUAGCGGGCUCCAAUCUGCUUCCUCUCCCUCAAGUCUAUGUUUGGGAUAUGGAGUCUGACACAAUACUCAGUCAUAGUUUUGGUCCUCAAGAUAUGGAAGUGUCGAGGUUUGUUGUCAACUUGUUCUGGGAUUGGGAGGAACCUCGACUUUUGGUGUGUGAGACCAGACGACCCCCGGGACAGACUCAGGUCAACAAUGUGCUGAGAAAAGUAGCCAAUCCUCUGGUCAGCAACAAUGUGUUGGUGAGCCUGAUAGCGUCCAGUGAGCAUGGUUUGUUGUUACAAGACUCUCGAACAACGGACCAAGAGUUUGUCUCUCUUUUGGCUGUGGACACUCCCAACUACAUCGUCUUGAGCAAACCGACCAAUCAACAGAAUAUAUCAGUUGAGAAGAUUCUGAUGCGAGACUUCGAAGGACUGGAGAACUGUGAUGCGGCCACUAGGAGCGCUGUCAUCAAGUUUAGCUUCAGUCUCAUCAUUGGCGACAUUGAUCAUGCAUUCAAAGCCAUCCACAACAUACACAGUGUGCCUGUGUGGACCAACUUGGCGCGCAUGUGUGUGAAGGCCCGUCGUCUGGACGUGGCACGAGUGUGUCUGGGCAACAUGAAGGAUGCUAGGGGAGUGGCUGCACUGCGCCAAGCUGAAAUACAUCCUGAGAUACAAGCUCGGGUAGCUAUGUUGGCUGUACAUCUGGGAAUGUUGGAGGAGGCGGAGAGGCUGUAUGCAGAGUGUGGCAGAUGGGAUUUGCUAAACAAACUACUACAGACUUGUGGCAAGUGGCCUGACAGUGUCCGAUUGGCAGAGGACAAGGACAGAAUACAUCUACGACACACGUGUCACUGGUACGGGAAACAUUUAGAGACGGAGGGAGAUGUGGAGGCUGCUGCAGAGAUGUACAAGAGAGCCGACACUCACAGACAACAAGUACCUCGGAUGUUGCUGCAUGACUACACAACUCUGGAGAAAUACAUCAUCAAGUCUAGUGACCCAGCACUGAUCAAGUGGUGGGCACAAUACAUGGAGAGCACAGGAGAUAUGGAGUCUGCCAUGAAGCAUUAUACGGAGGCCGGUGAUCAUCUGUCUAUGGUACGAGUCAUGUGUUUUCUAGAGGACUUUGACAGAGCUGCGGAAAUCGCCAACAGUUCUGGAGAUCGAGCAGCCUGUUAUCACCUGGCCAGGCAGUAUGAGAACAUGGGUCGGAUACCUGAGGCUAUCCACUUCUUCACUAGAGCCACAGCCUUCGCCAAUGCCAUCAGGAUCUGUAAGGAGCAAGGUCUGGACCAGCAGCUGUGGACAUUAGCCCAGGGUGCAGGUCGUCGAGAGCAGCUGGAAGUUGCUGGCUACCUCGCUCCCUCUGCCCCAGACAAAGCUGUACAGUUGUACCACCGCGCAGGCAUGUUGCAUCGCGCUCUAGACCUUGCCUUCAGGUAUGAGCAAGUUGAAGCAGUCCAGAUGAUCGCCUCAGAACUCAACUCUGACUCGGACAGUGAACUGUUGGUAAUGUGUGCCCAGUUUUUCAUUGACAAGCAACACUUUGAGAAAGCUGUCAGACUUCUAGCCAUUGCCAAAAAGUAUGACGAGGCUAUAGCGUUGUGUUCAGAGCACGCUGUGAUCUUGACGGAGGAGUUGGCUGAUGUGCUCACACCUCCCACUAGCACACCUGGCCGUGCUGAACUACUAGACCUUCUAGCACAAUGUGCAGCUGCUCAAGCCAACUACCAUCUGGCUACCAAGAAAUACACCCAGGCAGGCAAGAAGGUAAAGGCAAUGAAGGCUUUACUGAAGUCUGGUGACACAGACAAGAUAGUGUUCUUCGCUACAGUGUCCAGACAACAAGAGAUCUACGUGAUGGCUGCUAACUAUCUACAGUCCCUUGACUGGCAAGCUAAACCUGAUCUGCUCAAGAAUAUCAUCACCUUCUACACCAAGGGCAAGGCUCCUCACCUGCUGGCUAACUUCUACAUGGCCUGCGCUCAGGUAGAGGUGGACGAGUAUGGUAACUAUGAGAAGGCGCUGGGAGCUCUGAACGAAGCCUCCCGCUGUAUCGCCAAAGACGCAGAUCAGUACAGUCAGGUAGCAGAGGCUGUCAGCAACAAGAUAGCACUGGUGAAGAAGUUUCUGGACGUUCGAAGGAUGUUUGAGAGAGGUGAAGGACAAGCAGGACUGGUACAGUGUCAACUGCUACUCAACACUACCUCAGACCUGGUCAGAACAGGGGAUGUCUGGGGACUGUACACUGGUUGUAUUGUCAUUCUCAUUUACAGGAUGUUUGAGAGAGGUGAAGGACAAGCAGGACUGGUACAGUGUCAACUGCUACUCAACACUACAUCAGACCUGGUCAGGACAGGGGAUGUGUACAGUCUGAUGAUACAACAUGCCACUAAAGCUGGGGACUGGAAGUCUGCUGCACAAUGGGCUCAUCAGCUACGCAGCGCUCAGCCUCUUCACAAUCUGGCACUGUAUGUGCCUAGAGAUAUUCUUGAAAGACUUGGUCUAGCUAACCAGACUCAAGGCAAAGAAGAAGAAGAAGAUGGGCAGGAAGUGGAAGAAGAAGUAAUUGUCGACAUGACAUAACCUCCAAAACUUGCACAAAAAUAUCUUUAAGUAUUUUUUUAAAUGAUUUAGGAUUAAUAUUAGGUUAGUAACGCCACACCUUAGUAUCUUGUUAUUUAAAAAGAUCUCAUAAUUUUUUUACUGACUUUUUAGAAAAUUUUUCAUUUGAGAACAUAUAAAUAUUGUUUUAGUUAUGUAUUUCACAUAAGGUACCCUCGGUAAAGUGUCUUUAAGGGAAAUUAAUGGUAUUAUAGUUUCUGUGAUAUGACUAAUUAAUUAUGUUUAGGCAGAAGUGUAACACAGCAAGUUUUUGUCAAUUAACUUGUUGUUAUUUAUUAUUUAAGAUUCUUAUAUCGUUUAGUUUUAGGAUUAGCACUCAAGGCUUUAAUGUAAACAUCAUU